AUGUCUGAAGUGGACCCCAACAACAGUUAUAUUUUGACUGCAGAGGAGGAAGAUGAAAUCUGGGAGAAUGUAUAUGAACAACUCACAGAUAUUCAAACACUUCUUUAUAGAUGUUCGAAAAAUCAAGCAACAGCCAAUCCCCAAGAAAUCAUUCAAAAACUACUUGUCAUUGCUAGAUAUGUUCAAGAGGAAUACAACUUACCAAAUCAAAUAACAGAGUACCCUCAUGAUCCUUUUACUACCGACGAUAAUUAA